AUGAGAAUGCAGGGCACUCUCUCAAACGCGAGAGUGUGUCGCACAUAUGGCUCCUUGUUCCUUUUCUUCAUUGCAAGCCUGGAGGUCGGGAUGGCUGCAAAAACAGCAUCAACUCGAUCAAGCCACACAGCCCUUCGAUCCAAGAUUCCAAUAAGCUUAGAAAACAUUGAGACUGCGCUGCUCGCUUUGGAGAAGCAGCGGGGUACACCAGAAUUGGCAGAGACAGUAGUUGACAUCGACAAAAUGGUGGCUGAGAUGAAAUCAAUGGUGCGUAACCAAUCCAAAUUGACUCAGCAAACCAUCAAUCAGGCAUGGACGGAUUUUGUGUCAUGUUCAGGACUCUAUGACAUCGAUUCGCACACAGGAUUGCAAUCAAUAGACAGCUUGGCUCAAGUGCAUGCAAACUGCCGAUUAGAGGAAUCUGGCUCUAAGAUCAUUCUUGAUUCUUGCGAGAAGGAGCUUGCAGCAAGGAGUUCAAGAGAGCUACAGCGAAAGGGAGCAUUUGACGCUCUGAAUCAGUUUCCCGUCAGCGGCUUUUGCGCACAUCGUGCAAACUCUUUGCAGUACAACACCGUAAGAGGAUACAUCAAGCAUUUCAGAGAUCACUUUGCCUCACAACUGAUCUCAUGGGAGCAUGCAUUUAAUGCAUCUGCCAACGCGACAAGUCUGAAACUCCACACUUUGCGAGAUUGCUACGGUGAAGAUCGCAGGAAGAAUGGGCAGGGUGGCAAAGAGGAAACCUAUCUUUCAAAGAAACUCCUUUGUCAGGACUUACAGCGAAAGGUGGAAGAUGCAGCAUGUGAUAGGAUCGCGCAUAGGGCUGAUUGUGCGGCUUAUGUGAAAUGCUACGAGUCAAAUCACAAUGCCUUUUUUGCAUCCGGUCAGACCAAGGAGUCGGCAUUGUCACAGUCACAGCAGCAGCAACAGGAGUACCAUGCACUGAUCAGAAUCAAAUGUGUUUUGGACGCAUACGCUACCUACCAGGAUGGUGCAGCUCUUUCCAAGUCCAUCUCGGAGUGUCAGCAGAUUCAAGCUGACGUCUCCUUUUUACAGGUUUCGCUUCCAGAUGAAGAGCCUGGUGCGAUGCCACCGGACAAGACUGGCUGCUUGCAUCACAGUUCAUCUGAAGCACCUGGCAGCAGCAUUUUUGCGCAGCAGUUCUACCAGAACCUCAUUGUAAAAGAUGACUUGACACAUUGGACAAACGUCCAGGAAGAUGUGCUGGCAUGUCCAGCCCUUAAGAUGCAAAGUGACAGAGCUUGGGCAAAAGACGCAACAGCCUAG